UAGUGUGCUUGGCAUGUGGGCGUGUCUUCGUGUUAAAAUCAAAAUGGCUGCGCCCAUGGCCUCGUAUUCUGCGGUAAAACUGGCUCUAAAUCCAGUAAAAACAUGCCACUUGUGGAACUCUGUAUCGGCAAGAAAUGUUCUUCCAUCUUUCAACCAGGCAAUCUUUCACCAUGAGAAGAGAAGAUUCUGUGCAGAGAGUAGUCAACCUCUCACCCAGGUCACUCAGGUAGACGGCAUCAGGAAGAUUACUCUUAGCAAUCCUAAAAAGAGGAAUGCUCUUUCACUUGCCAUGCUUAGCAGAGUCACAGAGGAGCUAACUCAAGAUGUUGAUGAUGGCAACCUAAGGGCAAUCAUCAUUGCUUCCCAGGGACCAGUCUAUUCAGCAGGUCAUGACCUCAGGGAAUUGACCACCAGGACAGGUCGUGCCUACCAUACAGAGGUGUUUAAGAAGUGCUCUGAAAUGAUGAUGCUCAUUGAAGAUCUUCCUGUGCCGGUCAUUGCUCAAGUCAAAGGUCUUGCCACUGCAGCUGGAUGUCAACUGGUAGCCAGUUGUGACAUUGCCAUAGCUGCAGACACAGCUAGAUUUGCUACCCCAGGUAUAUCAGUAGGUCUGUUUUGUUCCACACCUGCUGUUGCUAUGGGCCGAGCAGUCCCUAAGAAGAUUGCGAUGCAGAUGCUCCUUACAGCCGAACCCAUCACUGCUGAAGAGGCUCUGAGACAUGGCCUGAUCAGCAAGGUGGUACCUGAAGAAGCAGUGGAAGAAGAAACUAUGAGGAUAGCCCAAAAGAUAUGCGAGUACAGCAGUUCUGUUAUCUCUCUUGGAAAAGCCUGCUUCAACACACAAAUGAAGAUGGACAGAAACUCAGCUUAUGACCAUGCAAGUGAUGUAAUGGUGAACAAUUUAUCUCUGGUGGAAGGGCAGGAGGGAAUUGAUGCAUUCGUCAAUAAAAGGUCACCAGUCUGGAAGCAUGGCUUUGAUAAGGCGCAUGAUUGAGACAUUUCUCCCCUUCUACUUACUAGCUGUCUUUCUCUCUUCUCUCUUUUUUUUCUCUUCUCCCUCCCCCUUUCUCUAUUUCUCUCUCUCUUUCUAUUUCAUUGCCCCUUUCUUUCUCCUUGUAUUUCAUUCUCUUUCUAUGAAAGGUGAUUACAAGAUAACAGUACCAAGUCUUCCAUGAGCACGAAUUGUAAUAUUGUAUUUGCACCUCCAACUCAUAACUUACCCAUUUUAACAAA